UGGCCGCCGCCAGAGCUCCCUCCCUCCAGUCUGGCGUUCGUCCUCAGUUCCCCGCCGACACCACCCGCUCACGCCAUCAAUGAUACAUGCGAAUUACACUUGGCAGCGAGCCGUUUGUCAUUAUUAUUCUAUUAUUACCUCAACUCUCUGCCAGUUUGCACCUUGAGCGCGGCGCGAGACGGUCCCAGGCAGCUGACGGAGACGCAGGACGCUGCCAGUUUCUCUGCAACAACACAGGACACGUGGUGUGUGUUGCAGCCGUACUCGUGCGAAUCCUAGCGGUUAAGGAAACAUGAGUUUUGUGGCGUCCGGCGGAUUCCAUGAUUAGUGAACCGGUGAGGAUUUGUUGUGAAACGUUUGAGUCUGGCGUGAAGCUGGUUUGAGACUUGCGUGAAGCUGGUGUUCGAGCAGAGGAACGCGGAGGCGUGGGUGGGUAGGGGCCCGUGGGCACUGGUGUAGCAGUGAGGGAGUGUAGCGGGUCACUAGCAGUGCCCAUGACAAACAUGGAAGGUGGAGGGGGCGCGUCCCCCGCCCCCUCGUCAGUACCACAGGACCAACCCACGGACCUGCGGGUGUCUCGUUCCCCCGAGAGGGCCCCGAGGCCCACGGGCAUGCCAGGGGCCCUCAUGCAGCCCUCCCCGCCUGCUCUGACAGCCCUUCCACUGGGCCUACAGCAGCUGGCGAGGGCCCCGUCAUCCUUCAUGAUCGGUGACAUCCUCCGGCAGACGACAAGGCAGACCCACCACGACCAUGUACGACUCCACGACGAAGACGCCGACGACGAGGAUGAAGAAGGAAGUCAACACGUCCUCUCUCGUCACGGUUCGCCAUCGUCGCCGGCAGAGGACGCGGAAGAGGACGGCGUGGAGGGACCUCCACCUUGCAAGAAACAACGGAAGGCGCGGACGGCGUUCUCAGACAACCAGUUACAGACGCUGGAGAAGAGCUUCGAGCGGCAGAAGUACCUAAGUGUCCAGGACCGCAUGGAACUGGCCGCCAAGCUCAACCUGACCGACACCCAAGUCAAGACCUGGUACCAGAACAGACGGACCAAGUGGAAGCGGCAGACAGCGGUGGGUCUAGAGCUGCUGGCGGAGGCCGGGAACUACGCCACCCUUCAGAGGCUCUACGGCCAGCCCUGCUGGUCUCCCACGCCCGCUCUCGCCCACCUCACGCCCACCCUUCCCACAGGUGUGGAGGCCUACUACAGACACAUUGCAGCGGCCCUCUCGCAGCGCCCAGCUGUCCCGCCUCCUCGCCCAUUUCUCCCCCACUCCCUCUCUCAGCCCUCCCCUCUCUCCGCCCUCUCACAAGCCUCUCCCCUCUCCUCCCUCACCUCCCACUACUACUCCACUCUCGCCUCCUCCAUCUCCUCCACCGCCUCGUCAGUGCCCAAUCCACCUCUGUCGCCGCCCACCACCAACGCCUCGCCCACCCAGUCUUCCGUCCCAAGCCCGACCAGCCCACCCACUCCGCCCUCUCCGUCUGACCUCCAAGAGCGACAUCAGCCCUGAAAUUUUGAGGUUCAAGCGUCCGCUCUCAAUGAAGACUCCCAAAAGGCAGCUUUUUCCUGAUACAUUAUAGGAACCUGGAGAUUGUCACCCACUAAGACAGGUGGGAGUCUAUAGUCCUCGGCAUCUAUGACUCUCAGGAAGACUCGACGCACGAACCUAGACUCUUGGAUGGUAUAAUAAGGCUCUUGGUAUACAAUACAAGAGAUGAACUUAAAUAUAAUGCCAGUUCCGUUACUGGCAAUGCACUACUGUAGUUACUUCGCAUUCUACCGUCAAUCCCGGGUUCGCUGUUGGAGAUCCGUUUUAUUUAAAGUGGUGAAUUAGGUGUCCCUCACUCCUGUUGUCAACGGCACUUUGAUUCAAUUUGCAUUCUAAGUAGACUCAAAGUGAUGGUGUACUCAAGUAAUAUUUAUUUGGCUUGAAAGAGAGAGCGUGUUGACCUGUCAGAAGACAGAGAAAUCCUCUAAAUAUUACCAGUGGAACAACGUAGAAGAGCAACGGGCUCACUAUAGCCUGUGCUACUUGGAGCUUUUUGUUCCAGGUAGCGAAUCUUUAACAACAACAACAGCAACGUAGAACAGCAGGUCAUAUCACAAAGGACUUGUGUCAUGUAUGUUAGUUUUUGUGAUGGUGGACAAACGUGUUGUGUUCAGUGUUGAGAUUUUUGUGUUACUCGCUUGACCUGUGUGUGUAUUGUGUUAGUUGUUAAUAUGAAUUAUAAUCAGUAGUUUUUGAUGUUAAACGUUAAAACACAUCUUUGUUUCGGACAGAUAAUUAUGUGAAUGAGUGUGACUGCAAGUGUGGUGAGAGGGGGGAGGGGGGGAUAGGUUGUACACGUGUGUGUCUGCAAGUUCAAUUCAAGUUCAACUAAGUUUAUUGAGACAAGAAAAAAUAAUACGUCUCAAAGGGAUAGAGUAGCUUAGGCUGUUUCUACCCCCCAAAGUGUGUUUGCAAACAUUUAUCAAACAACUCUUCUUUAGGCUACGCUUGCCCAAGCUGCGACCGACCCCACGCACACAUUCCUCAACAUCAACUUACUAUGUAACCAAAAACUGUUUUUCUUGAAUAUAAAUUAGCGUAUACUAUAAUUUUGAGUAUAAUAAGACCUAUAAGGUUAGGUUAGAUUAGAUGUUUUGAUUCUGCAGACGAUGAGUCACAACAACGGGGAUGAAGAUAUGAUGACUAACCCACACCAGAAGAUGAGGAGACGACGACGUUUCGGUCCGUCGUGGACCAUUAUCAAGUCGGUCACACACGAUAAUGGUCCAGGAUGGACCGAAACGUCGUCGUCCCUUCACCUUCUAGUGUGUGGUCUGGUCUACAUAUGCAGUACAUGGAUAAAGCAUUUUAAAAGGUAUUUAAAAUAUAGGAAAAAAAAACGAUGCGCAAAUCAAGAAAAGUUCGAACGUUAUCAUUGGAGAGCUGCGCUCAAAUUAUUUUUCAUUGGCAAACAGGGUGUUUGCAAUUCAAUUUCUUUCUUAAUUAUGCACCCCAUACCCAUCCCGUGGGCGGUGGUGUAAAGGGUUA